AUGCAUCUCGGACUUGAUGAGCCGGCGCGAGAAUGUCAGUAUAAUCCGAUCUGCACGCGCAACUCAUCGUCUAUGGAGACCUCGGGGCACAAAAAGAAGAGGACUCCCCGCAGGAAGUGGCAGAUCUUCCCUGGCCGAAAUAGAUUCUACUGUAAUGGAAGGGUCAUGAUGGCGAGACAGACUGGGGUCUUCUACCUAACCCUGAUCCUCAUCAUGGUCACCAGCGGGCUUUUCUUCGCAUUCGACUGCCCGUUCCUGGCGUCCAACCUGACCCCGGCCAUCCCGGUGAUCGGAGGGGUGCUGUUUGUCUUUGUUCUGGGGAUGCUGUUCAGAGCCAGCUUCAGUGACCCGGGAGUCCUGCCCCGUGCCACACCCGACGAGGCUGCCGACCUGGAGAGACAGAUUGACGCCUCUAAUGGCCCCAGUGGUCCAGGGUACAGGCCGCCCCCGAGGAUCAGAGAAGUGGUCAUCAACGGGCAGACGGUCAAGCUUAAGUACUGCUUCACCUGCAAGAUCUUCAGGCCCCCACGGGCCUCGCACUGCAGCCUGUGUGACAACUGUGUAGAGCGUUUUGACCACCACUGUCCCUGGGUGGGGAACUGUGUUGGGAAGAGGAACUACCGUUUCUUCUACCUCUUCAUCCUGUCCCUCUCCUUCCUCACCGUCUUCAUCUUCGCCUUCGUUAUUACACACGUCAUCCUGAGAUCCAACCGGACAGGCUUCCUCAGCGCACUCAAAGACAGCCCUGCCAGUGUGCUGGAGGUGCUGGUGUGUUUCUUCUCGGUGUGGUCCAUUAUGGGCCUGUCGGGCUUCCACACCUACCUCAUCAGCUCCAAUCAGACCACCAACGAGGACAUUAAAGGCUCGUGGUCGACCAAACGGGCGAAGGACAACUACAACCCCUACAGCUACGGGAACAUCCUGACCAACUGCUGUGCUGCCCUUUGUGGUCCUCUUCCACCCAGUCUUAUUGACAGAAGAGGCUUCAUCCAGCCAGACACACCCCAGCCUGUGUCACACUCCAACGGGAGCAGCAUGUACAACUCCACCCAGCUUCAAUCUCACAUGUGUGACCAAGAGCACUGCAUUCAGAGCACCAAAUUCGUUUUGCAGGCUGCCGCUACCCCUCUGCUCCACAGCGACCCUGUCAUGAUGGGCGGAGAGGGACCCACUCUUCCUGGGAAGAGUUCCCUGGGGGGCCCCUGUGCCUCACUGACCCCCAGCCAGCCUUCCCUGCCCUCCUCCAUGCCUGGCCUGGGCUGUGCGGGGGACAUGCUGACCCUGAGGGACCCAGACACCCACUGCCACCACCAUCACUUUGUCAGCCCUGAGGAGACGCCCUCGCCCGGCCCCAUGCCUCUGACUCUGCCCUGCCCCGCCCACAUGACCCACGGGGGACACAUGAACCCGGCCCAGCUCUACGACCCUGCCAGCCAGGACUCUCUACAUGAGGACUCUGUCAGGGGCCUUGUCAAACUCAGCUCUGUCUGAGACUCUCCCCCUGGCUUUUUGGAAUCACUACUCAGACUCUGUCAGCGUGCCAAAUAUUCAAUAUGUAGCACUACUUUUAAAAAGUAGUGCACUAUAUAGGGAAUAGCGUGCCAUUUAGGACGCUACCCCAGCCCCCCCGCUCCACACUGCCGGCUCAGUACCAAAGCCAUAAUUCCUGUUCCCCUAACAUUCCAUCCCAGCCCUCCCUCCCUCCUUCCCAUCCAGAUUUGUGCCCCCCACCUGUUGAGAUAAGCUAUUCUAGUGCCAAACAAACAGAGCCUCAGUCUCCACUGCACUUGACCGGGACCAAAAUCAAGCUUCUGAAUCCCCCUUCCUCUUCACAGUAGUAUACCUAGUGCCCUACCAGGAGUCUACCAGGCCUCGAUACAGGUCCAGGCUUCUGCCCAAGGCUCACGACUUGUGCUCUUUUGGGGGAAACCAUCUACCUGGACCAGGCGGUCAUUGUCCGGAAAUGAAACUGACUCGCUCUCCUCUCGUCAGCCAAACCGACGUUCCAAGGCAGUUGCCAUUUUGGUUUGCUGACAUCCAAGGACACGCACAGCAGGACAAGGUCUGUUGAUUAGCUGGAAAGACAUGAAUCAGGUCUAAAUAUAGGACUUGUUUAUAGUUUGAUACGUGUCAUGUGUCCCGAGUCAAGUGACACUCUUUUAUACAAUAGUAAUGGAAACAGCCAAGCAGUGUUGGCCCUGAACACAGAAGAUGUCACUUCCUGUUUCAGAUUGUGUCAACACUGUAUGUGUUGAUUGGUAGUGUUCAUCAGUCCGUUCCGGUGUCGGUGUGACGCUAGCUGCAUUACCUUUUUGUUUCGUUCAAAUGUGAUGCCAAAACAUCAUGCCUGCAUCCCAAAUAGCACCCUCUCUAUUUAGUGCACUACUUUUUACCAGGGCCAAAAGGACAUUGGAAAAAGUAGUGCACUAUAUAGGGAAUAGGGUUCCAUUUGGGACAGAGAUAAUAAGUAAUGUGAUGAUUGUACCAAGAAAUUCUCAUUUACUUAUAUAUAUUUUUUUUUCUCUCCCCUUUUUCUCCCCAAUUUCAUGGUGUCCAAUUUUUUUUUUUUUUUUAGUAGCUACUAUCUUGUCUCAUCGCUACAACUCCCGUACG